UUGCUAAAAAUCUUCACGUAGCGUGAGAAAUUAAGCUCCGUGCGCUGCUGCCGUGAGCUGGUAAACCUCAAUCGCGAGUUAUCUAUAUCCGCGCUCAGUUCUACUCCGGAGCUGAACGCGAUCGGUCAGCGCGAAAAAUUUCACGAUCAACAUACGUCGUUGCGAAAGUUUCUUUUUCCCAUCGAGUCCUCCUCACGUUGACGAAGAUGACAAUUACCAUCUCGGCAGACGAACGGCAGCAGAAUGGAGCGACCAACGGGUCACUCUCGGAGGGCACCGUCAACAAUGGGUUCGUCCUGGACGACAUGAACGGCAAGAAGCAGAACGGAUCAGCAGCGGAAGUCGAAAACCAUUAUGGACCUCACCACGGACACGAUCACCACUACCACCUGCAUCAUCACCAUAUCCGGGAGAAGCCUGGCCAUGACUACACGGAUGAUGUGAUCACAGUGCAUGGUGUACAAGCGCAUCACAAAACAAACUACCUGGAAACCAUGACACAUCUGCUCAAAGGUAACAUUGGCACCGGUUGCUACGCCAUGGGAGAUGCAUUUAAAAAUGGCGGACUACUGCUGGCGGGAGCGCUAACCCUGUUCAUUGGGUUUGUCUGCGUUCACUGCCAGCAUGUGCUGCUGAAUUGCGCCAAAAAAGUUCACAUGGAGCAGCAGAAUAAGGGUCGACCACCGGAUUUCGCCGAAACGGUGGGGCUAAGCUUCCAGAAAGGACCGCCCCGAUUCCGAUGGUUGUCCAAACCGAUGAAAUUGGCUGUGAAUAUCUUUAUCUGCGUAACCCAGCUGGGAUUCUGUUGUAUCUAUUUUGUUUUUAUCAGUUCGAAUUUUAAACAGAUCUUCGACCGUUACGAUAUGGUCUUGGACGUUCACUACCACAUGGCAUUGCUGUUGAUCCCCAUCAUCAUGACGUCGAUCAUCACCAAGCUGAAGUUCCUAUCUUACUGUUCGAUGUUGGCAAACGUGUUCAUGUCGCUCGGCAUUGGCAUCACGUUCUACUACGCUUUACAAGACCUGCCGGCGAUUACGGAGCGACGAUUUGUCGGCAAUUUGGAUCAACUGCCAUUGUUUUUCGGCACGGCAGUUUUUGCCUUCGAAGGUAUCGCUUUGGUGCUACCUUUGCAGAAUGAAAUGAAGAAACCGCACGAUUUCCGAAAGACCUUUGGGGUCCUAAACAUCGGAAUGGUGUUUAUCAUUUCGCUUUUCACCUGCUUCGGGUUCGUCGGCUACCUCAAAUGGGGCGAAGAUGUACAGGGCAGCUUGACGCUCAACCUUCCGGAUAAUGAAAUACUGGCAGAGAGCGUCAAAAUUAUGAUCGCAACCGGCGUGCUUCUGGGAUUCGCUCUGCAGUUUUUCGUAGCCAUGAUCAUCAUGUGGCCACCGAUCAAGUGCCGAUUGAACAUUACCAAACACCAAACGCUAGCGGAGAUUUGCUUCCGCAUUUUGAUUGUUCUAGUGACCUUCGUCAUCGCCGAGUGCGUACCGAAUUUGAGCCUCUUCAUCUCGCUGAUCGGAGCGCUUUGUUCGACGGCAUUGGCGUUGGUCUUUCCGCCGAUUAUCGAGCUGAUUGUUGCCUACAGUGAACCCGAAGGAAAACCGAGUGCAUUUAUGAUUGUGAAGAACGUUUUCAUUCUAAUCCUGGCACUGCUAGGAUUCUUCACCGGUAGCUACGAAAGUCUUUCAAAAAUUGUGCAGGAGUUGUUAAUGUAGAUUGUAUUCAUUAACUUAGUUUUGUAAGUGUACAGAUGCGGGUACUAGUGUUAAAUAGAUUUAUAGAUUUACUCUAAAUGAUUAGAAAUAUGAAAUGACAAUAAAUAAGGAUCAACUCGA